GAGGCGCUGGUCAGGGCGCUAUUGGGCGGGGGUGCGCUGGAGAGUGCCCCGGCGUGUUGAGCUUAGUUCAGUGAAUCAGAACAAUGACAGUGCCUCCGGGCUCCCGUGAGCGCGUCUGAGGACUGUGAGCAGUAGCCGCUGGGAGAGCGGCGGGCGGCGCAGCCUCGGCCGCGCGGUGUCAACGUCGGGCUUAGGAGCCACUAGCACAGGAGCCAGCCCAGCUCCCGCAGCCCGCGCGGAGCCGUCGGGCUCCAGCGCUGCAGCGGCUACUCGGGAGCUGUGCAUUGUUGUGAACCGGAGCAGGGGCGCGGGGAUUACAAAGCCCGAAGCCCCCGGAGCCCCCUUUGAACCAUGUGGAUACCUACGGAGCACGAGAAAUACGGAGUGGUGAUUGCCGGCUUUCGAGGAACGAUCCCAUAUGGCCUAUCACUGGAAAUUGGUGAUACAGUUCAGAUCCUGGAGAAGUGUGAUGGCUGGUACAGAGGAUUUGCCUUAAAAAACCCAAAUAUCAAGGGUAUAUUUCCUUCCAGCUAUGUUCACUUAAAAAAUGCCUGUGUAAAGAACAAAGGGCAAUUUGAAAUGGUUAUUCCCACUGAAGACUCUGUUAUCACAGAAAUGACAUCAACCUUAAGAGAUUGGGGAACCAUGUGGAAGCAACUGUAUGUGAGAAAUGAAGGUGAUCUCUUCCAUCGGCUGUGGCACAUUAUGAAUGAAAUCUUGGAUCUGCGGCGGCAGGUGCUGGUGGGUCAUCUGACUCAUGACCGGAUGAAAGACGUAAAGCGCCACAUAACUGCCCGUCUCGACUGGGGCAAUGAACAACUGGGAUUGGACCUGGUACCUAGGAAAGAGUAUGCAAUGGUGGAUCCAGAGGAUAUCAGCAUUACUGAGCUCUACCGAUUGAUGGAGCAUCGACAUCGAAAGAAAGAUACCCCAGUCCAGGCCAGCAGUCACCAUCUCUUUGUGCAGAUGAAGAGCCUCAUGUGUUCCAAUCUAGGAGAAGAGCUGGAGGUCAUUUUUUCACUUUUUGACAGUAAAGAAAACCGGCCAAUCAGUGAGAGAUUUUUCUUGAGACUGAAUAGAAAUGGCCUUCCCAAAGCCCCAGAUAAACCAGAACGACAUUGUUCUCUUUUUGUGGAUUUGGGUAGCAGUGAACUAAGAAGGGACAUCUAUAUCACCGUGCACAUUAUCCGAAUUGGUCGAAUGGGAGCAGGAGAAAAAAAGAAUGCCUGUAAUGUCCAGUACCGACGGCCCUUUGGCUGUGCAGUUCUUAGCAUUGCAGACCUGCUGACAGGAGAAACAAAAGAUGACCUCAUCCUGAAAGUGUACAUGUGUAACACAGAGAGCGAGUGGUACCAAAUUCAUGAGAACAUCAUCAAAAAACUGAAUGCUCGUUACAAUUUGACCGGUUCCAAUGCAGGUUUAGCAGUUUCCCUACAACUAUUACACGGGGACAUUGAGCAAAUCAGAAGGGAAUAUUCCUCAGUAUUUUCUCAUGGAGUAUCCAUAACAAGAAAGUUGGGUUUUUCCAAUAUCAUUAUGCCUGGUGAAAUGAGAAACGAUUUAUACAUCACCGUGGAAAGGGGAGAAUUUGAGAAAGGAGGGAAGAGUGUUGCCAGAAAUGUGGAAGUUACAAUGUUCAUUGUAGAGAGUAGUGGCCAGGCCUUAAAGGAUUUUAUCUCCUUUGGCUCUGGAGAGCCACCAGCUAGUGAGUACCACUCCUUUGUGCUAUAUCAUAACAACAGUCCCAGGUGGUCUGAACUACUGAAACUUCCCAUUCCUGUGGAUAAGUUCAGAGGCGCCCACAUCCGUUUUGAGUUUCGACAUUGUUCUACAAAGGAAAAAGGAGAGAAGAAGUUAUUUGGCUUCUCUUUUGUCCCCUUGAUGCAGGAAGAUGGCAGGACUCUUCCAGAUGGCACUCAUGAACUCAUUGUACAUAAGUGUGAAGAAAACACAAAUCUUCUGGAUACUACCCGCUACCUCAAACUUCCUUUUUCCAAGGGUAUUCUCCUUGGAAAUAAUACUCAAGCCAUGAAGGCCACAAAGGAGUCUUUUUGGAUAACAUCUUUUCUCUGUUCCACAAAACUCACACAAAAUGGUGAUAUGCUUGAUCUUUUGAAAUGGAGGACCCACCCAGACAAGAUUACAGGCUGCCUCUCUAAACUUAAAGAAAUUGAUGGCUCAGAAAUUGUAAAGUUUCUGCAAGACACACUGGAUACCUUAUUUGGAAUUUUAGAUGAAAAUUCCCAAAAAUAUGGGUCUAAAGUGUUUGAUUCCUUGGUACACAUAAUAAAUUUGCUGCAAGAUAGCAAAUUCCAUCAUUUUAAACCUGUAAUGGACACUUACAUUGAGAGUCAUUUUGCUGGGGCACUUGCAUACAGAGAUCUCAUCAAAGUGCUUAAGUGGUAUGUGGACAGGAUAACAGAAGCAGAAAGGCAAGAGCACAUCCAGGAGGUGUUGAAGGCACAGGAAUAUAUUUUUAAGUAUAUAGUCCAGUCUCGAAGGCUAUUCUCCCUUGCCACUGGUGGACAAAAUGAAGAUGAAUUUCGCUGCUGUAUUCAGGAGCUCCUUAUGUCAGUCCGUUUCUUUCUCUCUCAAGAGAGCAAAGGGUCAGGAGCAUUAUCUCAAUCGCAGGCUGUGUUUCUGAGCUCCUUUCCAGCUGUGUACUCAGAGCUGUUGAAGCUCUUUGAUGUCCGGGAAGUGGCCAACUUGGUACAGGAUACUCUGGGUAGUCUGCCAACCAUCGUUCAUGUAGAUGACUCCUUGCAGGCUGUGAAGUUGCAGUGCAUUGGCAAAACUGUGGAAAGCCAGCUUUAUACCAAUCCAGAUUCCCGGUACAUUCUCCUGCCUGUUGUAUUACAUCAUCUCCACAUGCACUUACAAGAACAGAAAGACUUGAUCAUUUGUGCACGUAUCCUUAGCAACGUGUUUUGCCUCAUCAAGAAAAAUAGUUCAGAGAAAUCAGUUUUGGAAGAAAUAGAUGUGAUAGUGGCCAGUUUGCUGGAUAUUUUGCUGAGAACCAUAUUGGAGAUCACCAGUCGACCUCAGCCCUCCAGUUCCACAAUUCGACUCCAGUUUCAGGAUGUCACUGGGGAGUUUGUUGCUUGCCUUCUGUCCUUAUUACGACAAAUGACAGAUAGACAUUAUCAACAACUUCUUGACAGUUUCAGUACAAAGGAAGAUCUAAGGGAUUUCCUGCUGCAGAUAUUUACUGUGUUCCGAAUAUUGAUACGCCCAGAGAUGUUUCCAAAGGACUGGACUGUGAUGCGUUUGGUGGCAAACAAUGUUAUUAUUACAACAGUUCUAUACCUGUCAGAUGCACUUCGGAAGAACUUCUUAAAUGAAAACUUUGAUUAUAAAAUCUGGGAUUCCUACUUUUACCUUGCGGUCAUUUUUAUAAACCAGUUGUGUUUGCAAUUAGAGAUGUUCACAACAUCCAAAAAGAAGAAAGUGCUAGAAAAGUAUGGUGACAUGCGAGUAACAAUGGGUUGUGAAAUUUUCAGCAUGUGGCAAAACCUAGGAGAACAUAAGCUUCAUUUCAUCCCUGCCCUGAUUGGCCCCUUCCUGGAAGUGACCUUGAUACCCCAGCCAGAUCUACGAAAUGUCAUGAUCCCUAUUUUCCAUGAUAUGAUGGACUGGGAGCAGAGACGGAGCGGCAACUUCAAACAGGUAGAAGCAAAGCUAAUUGACAAACUGGAUAGCUUGAUGUCUGAAGGCAAAGGUGAUGAAACAUACCGUGAACUCUUCAACAGUAUAAUUCCACUAUUUGGUCCGUAUCCUAGUCUUCUAAAGAAAAUUGAGCGGGAAACAUGGAGGGAAAGUGGCGUUUCAUUAAUUGCUACUGUAACUCGUCUAAUGGAGAGGCUGUUAGACUACAGGGACUGCAUGAAAAUGGGAGAGGUAGAUGGCAAAAAGAUUGGCUGUACAGUUAGCCUUCUGAAUUUCUAUAAGACUGAACUGAACAAGGAAGAGAUGUAUAUACGCUAUAUCCACAAACUUUAUGAUCUGCAUCUCAAAGCACAAAAUUUCACAGAGGCUGCAUAUACUCUCCUUUUAUAUGAUGAGCUGCUGGAAUGGUCCGAUCGUCCUCUCCGGGAGUUCCUGACUUACCCCAUGCAAACAGAAUGGCAGCGCAAGGAGCAUCUGCACCUCGCCAUCAUCCAGAACUUUGACAGAGGCAAAUGUUGGGAGAAUGGCAUCAUCUUGUGCCGGAAGAUUGCAGAGCAGUAUGAGAGCUAUUAUGACUACAGAAACCUGAGCAAGAUGAGGAUGAUGGAAGCUUCUUUGUAUGAUAAAAUCAUGGACCAGCAACGCCUCGAGCCAGAAUUCUUCAGAGUUGGAUUUUAUGGGAAAAAAUUUCCAUUUUUCUUAAGGAAUAAGGAGUUCGUGUGUCGAGGGCAUGACUACGAGAGACUGGAGGCCUUCCAACAGAGAAUGCUUAAUGAGUUCCCACAUGCCAUUGCUAUGCAACAUGCCAACCAACCUGAUGAAACCAUCUUCCAGGCUGAGGCUCAGUAUUUGCAAAUAUAUGCUGUGACUCCCAUUCCAGAGAGUCAAGAGGUCCUGCAGAGAGAGGGUGUUCCAGACAACAUUAAAAGUUUCUACAAAGUGAAUCAUAUCUGGAAAUUCCGCUAUGACAGACCAUUUCACAAAGGCACAAAAGACAAAGAGAAUGAAUUCAAGAGUCUCUGGGUGGAAAGAACAUCAUUAUACUUGGUGCAGAGUUUGCCUGGAAUUUCUCGCUGGUUUGAAGUGGAAAAGCGUGAGGUGAUAGAAAUGAGUCCUCUGGAAAAUGCAAUUGAAGUACUAGAAAAUAAGAAUCAGCAGCUUAAGACUCUGAUAAGUCAGUGUCAAACCAGACAGAUGCAGAAUAUUAAUCCUCUGACCAUGUGCCUGAAUGGAGUUAUAGAUGCUGCAGUUAAUGGUGGUGUUUCCAGAUAUCAAGAGGCAUUCUUUGUCAAAGAAUACAUCUUAAGUCACCCUGAAGAUGGAGAGAAAAUCACACGGUUAAGAGAACUGAUGCUGGAGCAGGCACAGAUUUUGGAAUUUGGUUUGGCUGUUCAUGAGAAGUUUGUACCUCAAGAUAUGAGACCCCUUCACAAAAAACUGGUGGACCAGUUCUUUGUCAUGAAGUCAAGUUUAGGAAUCCAGGAGUUCUCUGCUUGUAUACAAGCCAGUCCAGUCCAUUUUCCUAAUGGAAGCCCUCGAGUAUGUCGAAACUCAGCACCUGCUUCUAUGAGCCCAGAUGGUACCAGGGUAAUUCCUAGACGCAGCCCAUUAAGUUACCCAGCUGUCAACCGAUAUUCUUCCUCCUCACUGUCCUCACAAGCUUCUGCUGAAGUAAGCAAUAUUACAGGGCAAUCAGAAAGCUCUGAUGAAGUCUUUAACAUGCAGCCCAGUCCGUCUACCUCAAGCUUGAGUUCUACUCACUCUGCUUCGCCUAAUGUGACAAGUUCUGCUCCAUCAAGUGCCAGAGCUUCUCCCUUGUUGUCUGACAAACACAAACAUUCCAGAGAAAACUCUUGCUUGUCCCCAAGAGAGAGACCAUGUAGUGCCAUUUAUCCAACACCUGUGGAGCCUUCUCAGAGGCUGCUGUUUAAUCAUAUUGGAGAGGGGGCCUUGCCACGCAGUGACCCAAAUCUUUCUGCACCAGAGAAAGCUGUGAAUCCUACCCCUAGCAGCUGGAGCCUGGACAGUGGUAAAGAAGCCAAGAACAUGUCGGAUAGUGGGAAACUUAUCUCUCCCCCUGUCCCUCCAAGACCCACACAGACUGCUUCACCAGCAAGACACACAACAGCAGUGUCCCCCUCACCAGCGGGAAGAUCGCCAAUGAAGCAGGGCUCUGUGCAGUCUUUCACCCCAUCUCCAGUGGAGUAUCACUCUCCAGGACUGAUCUCAAAUUCUCCGGUCUUGUCGGGCAGCUACAGCAGUGGCAUUUCUUCUCUCAGCCGGUGUAGCACUUCGGAAACCUCAGGAUUUGAGAAUCAGGUGAAUGAACAGUCAGCACCACCAGUGGUACCAGGACCCAGCUACAGUGCUCCAGAGGAGCCGGUGCGCAAGGAGAGUAAAACGCCACCACCCUACAGUGUCUAUGAGCGGACUCUGAGGCGCCCUGUCCCGCUACCUCACAGCCUUUCCAUUCCUGUCACUUCCGAGCCCCCCGCCUUGCCCCCCAAGCCCUUGGCAACAAGACCCAGCCACCUGGAGAAUGGGACCAGAAGGACUGACCCUGCUCCGCGGCCCAGGCCCCUGCCUCGGAAAGUCUCUCAAUUAUAAGUCACUUUUGUAUUCACCCGCGAUGGAUUUUUUGCCCCAUUUUAAAAGAGAAUAAGUCUGAUGGGAAGACAUUUAGUGUAGGCACUUUAAUAAAUUACUCAGAUUUGUCUUUUAAGUGAAUGGAAUUAAAAACUCGCUUAUUAAUACGAUGUUGCACAAUAUUAAGUUACUGAUCUGAAACGCCAGGUGUUACAUGAAAUAUGGCUGAAUUUCAUUAAACUUUCUCAUUUGCAAGUGGUAAAUAGUGAUAAAGACUUUUGUAUCUUUUUAGGUUCACUUUUUUUAUAUAUAUAGUUUAACCUUAAAACCAAUACAAUACUGUCGUUUUUACUGAAUACUUGAUACUCUGAGAAAGCUUAUUAAGUCAGUGCACAUCCUAACAAUGACCCUGGCUUUAGAAGACUUCUAUAAGUAGAGAUUUCUGACUCUUUCCAUGAGCAGGCCGAUCAAUGCACACCAUCAGAACUGAAAGUUAAAGCAGGUCAGUUAGGCACUACACAUAAGGGGUUCAAAGGAUUAGGAAUGGGAGUUGUUUUGUUCUGGAAACAAAAUACUUGAUUUAUUUAUGGCAUUUGACAGUUGUCUACAUUCUUAAGAUUCUGUCAUCUAGUUGGUAAAUCCUUUAGUACCCUGAUACCUUGAUAUCUACUGUAUUUCUUUUCAAGGUGCAAUUAACUUUCAGUGUUCCAAUCAGGUAGAUAAAGCAAAAUACCCCAGGAGAAAUGUUUACUUGAAUUUUGUGCUUCCUUACUUGAUAGUUUCCUCAGCAAAAUUUAUCACUGAAAAAAGAGCAGAUGUUCAUGUAUUAAGUAGGAACAAAUUAAUGGGUCCCAUUAAUAAGAAUUCAGGAAUCAAUACAGGACAGUAUUAAAUCAAUAGCUAAAUGAAGAAAAAGGAAAAAAAAACCUCAGAGACAAUAUAUUGCCAUGAUUAAAUGGCAAAAGGACAUUCAAAUGGCAAGGGCAUUAACUUUCAAUCCUGCACAAAAUUUUUAAAAAUUCCUCAUCACUCCCCAUUCUUACCAGUAGAGUCCUUUUUUCUGAUCUGAUUCUAGUGUUCUUCUUUUUUGAAGGUUUGCUGUAGUAGACUGCCCUCACUUGAAAAUCACAAUACAGCAUCUUACAUUUAGAUAAGGAUGCUAAAGCCACAUUUGUAGGACUAUGAAAAAAAAAAAAAAGCACCUUGUAUGUAGAAAUGUAUUUUGUAUUUUUUUCUUUUACUGACUGUUUAUAACACUCAAUUGACAGUAGACAUGACUGUAUUUUAAACCAUAUUGUUAAAUAUUUUCCCUCUUUUGUUGGGAAGCUCCUUUUAGUUUAACCAUGUUUGUUUUCUGUUGAUAGCUUACCUGGAAGGCAGUGACCACUUUUUUAUAUUCUCUUAAUGAGACCAUUCAGCAGGCAUAAGCUGUUGAGGCUGGUUAUAGAAGUUUUCUAUGAUAAAUGUUAAGUAUUUUUGUACAUAACUAGUUAAUUUUAAUAAGAGAUACCAUUAUGUGUAAAAAAAUGGUAAAAAUAAAAAUAAACAAUUGUGGAUGCAGUAUGAUUGUUAUAAUUAUGCCAAAUACUUUAUGUAUGGGAAAAUAUUUGUACAUAUGUGCUUUUAACAAUAAUUCUGCCAUAUUGACUUUACAAUUUUGAAUGUCAGAAAAUUAAUAUAUGUUAAAAUAUUUAUGUUUAGUGAAAGAAUUCAGAACUGAGAAAAGGAACAUAUGAAUUUUAGCUUUGUAUCUUGCAAGUUUUGCAAUAGGAAAUUUCUUGAACUAGACCUUGCUUUUGAUGAUAACACCUUUGUGUUUGUAAUCACCUACUUAAAACAUAUAUAAAUAUAGGAAGCUCCAUAUUUCUGUUGCUUUAAAGAAGUACAGCCUUCUAUUUAAAUAAGGUGACAUGCAUAAUAUAGCAAAGCUUCUUUGAUUUCCUUUUCCUCUGUAAUUUAAUAGAUUUGUUGAGUAGUGCUUGGGCACAGUAUAAAUCAGUGUCAUUUGCUCUUGAAUCCAUUUUUAAAAAAAUUGACAAUGAACAGUUAAAUUUAUCGUGUGUGUAUUUCCAAAGCAGCUUCCAAAGAGAUUCUGUUAAUUCAGAUGUUCCUGUUGGUUGCUGUUGAGUGGUAAAUAAUAAAUAAAAUUACCUGAUUAAUCUUAA